AUGCCAGAUUCUACUAAAUCAGGGGUCGAGAUGGGGGACGAGCCAUCCAAACCAGGUGAAAGCCUGCCCGCGCAAGAGGAUGCAGUUUUCGGUGUGAUAACUGAAGAUGGACCGAACUACCGAAACGUUGGUACGCUGGGCGCGAUGGCACUCAUGAUCAAGACUCAGUUCGGUCUUGGUGUUCUUUCCAUUCCUCAGGUGUUUGAUGCUUUGGGAAUCAUCCCAGGCUUCGUAUGUGUGAUCGCUAUUGCCACGGUAACUACCUGGUCAAACUAUGUCAUCGGUACCUUCAAGUUGAACCAUCCUGAAGUAUACUCGAUUGAUGAUGCAGGAGACCUGAUGUUUGGAAGAGUGGGUCGAGAGAUAUUGGGAUUCAUGGUCUGUGUUUACUGGAUAUUUUGUUGCGGUUCUGGAUUAUUGAGCACAUCGAUUGGAUUGAAUGCAGUCUCUGCACAUGGGACGUGUACUGCCGUCUUUGUUGCAGUUUCUGCCGUCGCUGCCUUUAGCGUGGGCAGUAUCCGCACUUUGGGAAAGAUGAAAUGGACGGCCUGGGCUGGAGUUGCAUCUGUGUUUGUCGCUGUGCUCACUACCACAAUCGCGGUAGGUCUACAAGGACGCCCUCCAGCUGCGUCUGAAAUCGAAAAUUGGCAGUCGGACUAUAAGCUUGUGGGCAAGCCAUCCUUUACCAAAGCAAUGACUGCUGUGGCCUCUACCAUCUUUGCCUACGCUGGCACUCCUGGAUUCUUUCCCAUCGCAGCCGAAAUGCGCGAUCCUACAACUUAUACGAGAUCUUUACUUGCGUGUCAGUGCACGAUAACCGCCAUCUAUCUGUCGAUCGGAACCGUUAUUUAUUACUACUGUGGCUCAUACGUUUCCUCUCCAGCGCUUGGAUCUGCCGGGACACUCAUCAAAAAGGUUUCCUAUGGAAUAGCGCUUCCUGGCCUCAUAGUCAGUACAGUGAUCGUUUUACAUUUCUCAAGCAAAUACCUCUUCGUUCGCAUCCUACGAGGCUCCGAGCACCUCACUGCCAACACCUUCAAACAUUGGGCCACUUGGCUCGGAUGCACCUUCUUCAUCACCAUAUCCUCCUACCUAAUUGCGAGCGGCAUCCCUAUAUUCGGAGACUUGGUCUCACUCAUCGGCGCCCUUCUCGGAACAUUCAUGUCAUUCCAGCCAAUGGGUUGCAUGUGGCUAUAUGAUAAUUGGAAGAGUGGCAGACAGCUACCAAAUUUCAAAUGGAUGCUCUUAUCUGGUUGGAAUGUGUUGAUCAUUGUUGGGGGAACAUUUAUAAUGGUUUCUGGAACGUAUGCAUCGGUGGUCAACAUUAUUGCUUCAAGCAAGGCAACAUCUGGUUCUUCUGCGUGGUCGUGCGCUGAUAACUCGAACUCGUGA